AUGGAGCAACUCUCUCUCCAGCGGUUCUCCGACAUCGUGGGCAGUGUCAACGGCAUAUGCGAGCUCUACGACCCCACCGCUCCUCCCCCCGCCAAGCCCCUUCUGAACGGCCAGGCUGCUGUGACACUUUUUGUCUACACACCACCAGCUCAUCUGCUCAUCCAGACACCAUUACCUGACCUUGGCAACCUCUGCGCGCGCACGCAUCACAAGUCACACCCUGUACAACACGUGCACGCCCGCAGAGGCGCAGCUCUGAGAUCUACACCCCCAACAAUUACACCGCUUCAACGCCUCUACCUCGCACAGCCUGACCGCCGAGCCCCCUUCAAGGUCGUGACGGCCAACGUUCACAAUUGGCGUAGUAAUGACGUGAAGCAAGCGGCAACUUCUCGCAUAUUGAAGGCAGCUCUUCCGCACGUCUUCAUUGUCUCAGAGACGGCCCAACGACCAAACGAAGGCCUGCCGACUCUGCCGUCAGUUGGCAACUGGGGUGCUAAGAGGACGUACCCGGAUCCCUUCACAAGUCUCGCCGUGGCGGCAGGCGUUGCGAUCUUCGUGCAGGAGAAACUGCGGCCACACGCUCGCCAGGUGGAUGUCGCAUCCGUGACCAACUCGCAAUGGCGACCGCAUCUGGGCUGUAGACCUGACAUUGCCCGACGAGGCCAAGCGCCCUAA